AUGUUAUUGCUAGUGAUGUUGAAGAUGUAAAGUGAAAGUUGUGUUAUAAGGAAGUGGGUGUAGUCGUCAGCUGAUUUUUCAUAAAACAACAUAGUUCAUUUCGUGUUCUUUCUACCAACCACGCAGACACUUACUGAUCGCUUAUAUUAUUUGAAACACCAGAUAUUUCAUGCCAAUGCGACUGAGAUCAUUUCAAAUCAUAUGUUAGAAAUAUUCAACUGGACAUAUUUGGAUAAUUUAUAUUUCUACUCCACAUUACGAAACUAACAAACACAACAGCAACGAAACGACCACCAGCAACAUAAACGACAAAGUGAAUGUAAGUUAGAUAUAUUCUUAACAAUUUUAUAAUGGCUAACGGAAACGAUACACGUCCGGAUCAGGUUUUUCAGGACGCUAUUCAUGGAUCCAUGCAAUUUUCACCACUCUGUGUUAAAAUUAUUAAUACAGUACAAUUUCAGAGAUUACGUAAUAUCAAACAACUAGGUUUGUGUUAUUACGUUUAUCCAUCAGCUUCACAUAAUAGAUUUGAGCAUUGUCUGGGAACAUGUCAUCUAGCUGGGAAAAUGAUUCGCCAUCUUAAGCAGCAAGAUUCCGGUCUGGAAAUAUCUGAUCGAGAUAUACUGUGUGUUGAAAUCGCUGGUUUGUGUCAUGAUUUAGGACAUGCGCCUUUUUCUCAUGCCUUUCAAGAAAUUAUCAACGAGUAUCGCAAGGAAAAUGGAGGUAAAAAGUGGGAACAUGAAGAUGUAUCAUGUGAAAUGUUAGAGCAUCUUUUUGAAAUGAACCAACAUUUUGAAGGAGAACUUAAGCCUGGUGAAAUUGGUUUCAUAAAAGAUCUCAUUACUGGUAAACCAGAAAAAUCUGACAAAAAAAAAUUUUUUUACCAAAUCGUCAACAAUGCAGACUAUAACAUCGACGUUGAUAAAUGGGAUUACCUGGCCAGAGAUUCCCAUUUUCUUGGCAUUGGAACAUCCUUUGAUCACGAAAGAAUGAUGAAAAUGUCCAAAGUAAUAGGUGGUGAAAUAUGCUACAGAGACAAAACGCUUAAAAAUUUCUAUGAUAUGUUUUAUUCACGAUAUCGACUACAUAACACGGCUUACCAACACAAAACUGUUCUCCUGCUUAAUAAACUACUUGGCGAUGUUUUGAAAUCCGCACAUAAAAAACUGAAAAUUUUCGAUAGGGUCAAAAAAAUGGAGGAAUUUACUUAUUUUACAGAUAGUAUUUUGGAGGAGAUAUUAAAUAGUAAGGGCAAUCAAGAUCUCAAAGACGCCCUGAAGGAUAUAAUCAAACGGUCUUUUAAAUACAAAGGGACCGUCACAGACAAAAUCAAGGGCACAUUCACGGGCACAGUAACGGGCAUAUUCGAACUCGGAGAUACGGAGGGAAAUAUCUUGUACCCAAUUGAGGGUACAGGAGAUGACGUUGCAGUCCUGAAAAAGAUGAAGGUCACUAUCAAUGAUAAAACCUUGGACACACCGGAGAGCAAAAUGCAGAGAGAUAUCACCGAAGAGCAAAAUGCAGAGAUAUAUGCUAAAAUCUUGUACACCUCGGAGAGCGAAAUGCAGGGCAAUAUCCAGGGCAGAAUCAAUGGUACAAUCUCGGAGACAUCGGGAAUAAAAAAGAUCGAGGGCAAAAUCAAUGUUAAAAUAUUGAGCACAUCGGAGAGCAAAAUGCUGAGCAAUAUCGAGGGCAAAAUCAAUGGUAAAAUAUUGGGCACAUCGGAGAGCAAAAUGCAGAGCAAUAUCGAGGGCACAAUCAAGGGUAAAAUAUUGGGCACAUCGGAGAGCAAAAUGCAGAGCAAUAUCGAGGGCACAAUCAAGGGUACCAUCCAAACAAUAAUAAACAGCAGAGACCAAGGAUCAGACCCGGAUAUAGUCAAGACGACAGACGUGAUCUGCACAGCCCAUUUUGACUAUGGAGCUAAAGAAAAUAACCCACUAUUGAAAAUACCAUUCUAUACAAGAAAUGAAAGGAAAUAUACGUACGAUAACCAUGAAGAACUGGAAAAUAUGCUUUUUCUGCCAGAGAAAUUUGAAAUGAAAACCAGUCAUUGUUUUGAAAUAACAAAAUAAUUAAGGAAAACAAAAGAAAAAACAACGAAGACAACAUUCAAGAGAAAAAUCAAUAACAAAAAAUCAGAUUGAUUAUAACCAAUGAAAGAAAACAAAACCAUGGACGCAGAUUGAGAUAAGUAAUGAAACUUGAUAAAACUUUAAUAUUAUAAAAAUACAUUGAAACUAUUGAAAGAUUGAUAGGUCAAAAAUACUAAAUGGACAAUAUUCUCUAUCUAAAUUAAAAGAACUUUUUGAUGGGAAAUUUUUACUUUUAAGAAACUCUCAACAUUUUUGAAAAAAAAUAAACAUAUAUUUCCUUACUUCUAAAUUGAAUCCUCCCAUUGAGUCACG